AUGAUUUCGCAAACGAUCAAAUUUCAGAAAAGUCGGAUUCCUUCGGAUGGAUUGAGUCUUGGCCAUUUCGUCUUUCAGACCAAGAUCAGAUCAUUGUACCGAAACAUUUUAAGAGAAACUAGAUAUCUUGGGACAAAUCAAAUCCGUAGGGAAACGAUUUCUUGGAUCCGGUACGAAUUCAUGAAGCCAAUUCCCGGCAAACUAGAUAAGCACAACAAUCAAGAUUUCCUAGCCCAGAUUAAUCGCCAACUCAAGCAGAUUAAGAACUCGAGCAUGUUGAUUGGCGGCGGGUUUGAGAAACUAAGAGGAGGUCGAAAUUGA